GGCGUUCGGGGCAAUUAUGGCACGGUAUGAGCAAGCCGGCGCGGGCACUGGGAGCCGCGCAGCCGACUUGUUGGCCCAAAAGCGCCGCGUCGCACUGCCUUGUAUGGUACUCUGCGGGCGCUGGUCUCAGGCUUGGGCUCGGCCCUAUAGGUUACGAUGUUGGUCUUAUGACGCAAGGGCUGCAAUGGGCGAACUUCACAAUCCAUGGGCUGUGGCCAGAGCGCUUUGAUGAAACCUGGCCUUCAUGCUGCCAUGUUGAUAAAUAUCCUUUUGAGCCUGAGAAGAUCGAAGACCUGCAACGUCAGCUGGAUUUGAACUGGCCACCACUGCGGUGCAAACCUCCAAGAGGAUGCGGCAAUCCAGCGAGAGGCAGGCAGUCAUUCCACAGACAUGAGCUGAAAAGAAGUCAGCUGCUUGUUGUGGUCCUUUCUAACUCCUUUGCACAUCCAUCUGGUCUUUUUGUUGGUGUUGUUGCUGUUCUUGUUGUCGUUGCUGUUAUUGCCGUUGCUGUUGCUCUCGUGGCUAUUGCUCUUGUUGCUAUCGCUCUCCUUGCUGUUGCCCUACUUGCUGUCACUCUCGUUGCCGUUGAUCGCCUUGCUGGUAAUCUCAUUGCUGUUGCUGUUGCUGUUGCUGUUGCUGUUGCUGUUGCUGUUGCUGCUAUUGUUGCUGCUAUUGUUGCUGCUAUUGUUGCUGCUAUUGUUGUUGCUAUUGUGUCACCGCUGCUAUUACGAACGGUCGGCAGUGGUAUCGGGAUCUCCAUGUGUGAAGUGCAUGCAAUGAGGACGAGGUUGGAAGGAUUGAUCGUAAUGCCCAUGGACCACAACAUGGGGGAUACGAUGGCCUGCUGUCCGAUGAGAUACGGGAAGGCCAUGCAGACCAUGUUUAUCCAGAACGCGUCUUUUGAAAGGAAGACGGAGGGAGAAACUGUAAUCCUUGAGAGGUGCAGGAGACAGUACAUUGAUGAAGGAUACCAGCGCAUGGCUAAAUGGGACAACCACGGAUGUCUCGGGAGGGAGUAUGUCAUCCCCAAGCACAAGGAUAUUUCGAGGUGGAGACCCAUAUGCCCAUCCUACGACGAACCUGCUGGUAGGAUGUCAAGAGCAGUCGGGAGAGCUCUUAAUCACAUGCUAUGGAGCCUCCCCAAGAACUCUAACUUCAACUUGAAAAGCACCCAGCAGUUGGUGGAACGAAUCGCUUCCAUCAAUGAUGCUGAGAGCGGGACCAAGAAGAAGACGGGGUUACUAGCUACUAGCUAUGAUAUAAAGGACAUGUUCUCAAGGCUACCUCAUGAGGCGAUUAUCCGAGCAGUAGAAUGGAUCGUCGAGCUUUAUGAAGAGAAGCAUGGGACAUGUUCAAUCUCUGUUUUGCCCAAUAUCCGCAGCUACUUCAGGACAGUUUUGUCCUUCAAGGACAGCAUUGAUAUUCUGGGUGCACUGGAAAAGGCAGACAUUUUCCCUUCUGAGGAUGAAACUUACACUUACAUGGAGAUUAGGGAUGCCAUUGCAGACGACUUGGGAUCCAUUCCUCACCUUGAGUGCAAGAAUGGGAAGUUGAGUGAGGUUUUUUUAUGCCUCAACAAAUAUCCUGAUGCAGAUAACAUAUUCGAGCUCUUUGAUUGCCCCCUGAGGGAGUACAGUUCUUGCAAGAGGGGGCAUCGGAUCUCCUUUCCCGCAAUAACCCCAUUUCUUGACAGUGGCAGUCAGAUGAAGUCAGCAAUAUGAAAUGACCAGGUGCAGAGCAGCAGCAGCAGCAAGAACAAAAGCCACAACAGAGGAAGGAAGCCUUAAGUUGGCAAAGGCACCUUGAGCUGCCAAACUGACCUAAGCUUGACGUAAUUUGCGGCAGUGUGCCGGAUUCGGUUCUUCUUCUCUUGCCGUCAAUCGAACAAUUUGUUUUGAUCUGGAAGAGAACAGUUCCGGCGAGAUUGGAAGGAAGCUGUCAUGAGGACAUCAGAUCGGACAGAAGCAUCUCCCUCCCGUUCCAAUAUUGUCAGCCUUCGUCUUCAUUUUCCGGGUGUUCGCACCUUUUUUCUGGUGAUCUACGAAUUGCGGUUGGUGGUUUUGGGAUCCCGUAGAAAAUGCAUCUUUGAUGCCUUGAGUAUUAGUUAUUCUAUUUAAUAACUUAAUGAUAACUAACACUUAAUUAUGAAUGAUAUGAUCCCUUCCUUUUUCUGCUCACCUUCACAUCACUUUUGGUACAGUGUUUUGAUCCAAGCUUCCAGGUACGUAAUAUAAACCAGAACAUUUCUGUUUUUUCCCCUUCUUCAGAUGUGUGGAAAACCCUGCUCCAUCUUAGUACUGAAUUGACUGUUUUAUCUGAGUUUCUACUUGGAGAUUUUACAUAUACCAAGUAAAAUUAAUAAUUAUUAAUUAUUCAAUAGAUAAUAGAUAUGCAAGGAGCUACACGUCGUAUUUAAUAUUGGCGAAGAUCUGCAAGUCAGUAAACACGCUUUCAGGGUUUUCAACUUUUCAGCUGCACAGUUAGUUAAGCUCUCACCAGACUCAGCACUGUAUUUCAGGGUCUGCUGAGUUACUGCAGGCCAUGCAUUUUUCAUGCUGGCCGGUAAAAAAGGAUCAAGCACCAUAUGCUAGACAAGA